AUGUCCGGCAUUGGUUACUCUGGCAGUGGCAGUGGCAGUGGCAGUCAAGGCCACCUUGGCGCACCAGCAUUCGUCAGCUCAUCCUCGACCGGCAAUAUCCGAGAGCUGUGGAUCGAUUGUGGGACAGAUGGGUGGAAGACGUUGAGAGCCUGCAUCUUGAUAUCACUACCGGUCUUUGAUCUCGAUCCAGUCCGAAUGUUGCCAAUGGACGACUUGGUGGCGCCUGUCCUUGGCGAUGCUCUGCCCUCCGGCUCUGGCGAGGAGGAUGGUUUCCUAAAGAUCCAGUUGAAUAGAGGACGGUAUGUGAUGGCGGACGCGCCCAGCAUGGCAGCGGAGACUUCAACAACCGACCAAAGAGAGGGCUCGACGUCGGCCCAGGUGGGGUCGUACGAGUACAGAGACAAUCCACGCAGCUGCGGGAUGCGGUAG